AGAGAGGGAGGGAGAGAGGAAGAGAGAGAGAGCGGGGCGAGAGGUGGAGGGAAUACAGUCGGAUUUGGAUACAACUGGAAAACUACCGAGCGCGCACAGCACGCACCGAGAGCGGAAGGCACAUCGACGGUGCGCGGCCAACGCUUCACCUCCACCACACACCAUCACCCCCCCACCCCUGGACCGGACUGCAGCGGGCAUGGAGCUGCCUACCGCCGGGGAGCACGUCUUUGCGGUGGAGGGCAUCGAGAAGAAGCGCCUUCGGAAGGGCAAAUUAGAGUACCUGGUCAAGUGGCGAGGCUGGUCUCCCAAAUACAACACAUGGGAGCCAGAGGAAAACAUCCUUGACCCGCGCCUGCUCGUCGCGUUUCAACACAGAGAAAGGCAGGAGCAGCUGAUGGGAUAUCGUAAACGGGGGCCGAAACCAAAACAUCUUUUACUCCAGGUGCCUUCAUUUGCCCGGAGAUCAAGCAUCCCUGCGGGUCUGGAGGAAACAUCUCAGGACUCAGAAAGCACCGUCAAGAACGAUCCAGCCCAGACCCAGCGCUCCCAACCUCAGCAAUACCAGCUGAACAGCAAGAAGCACCAUCAGUACCAGCCCAGCAGCCAGGAGGUCCCAGCAGAUCAGCUGUGCAGCAGCAGGAAGAAGCUAAUCUACCAGCUAAACAGCAAGAAGCACCACCACUAUGAGCCUGACCCACAUAUGUACGAUGCACAGGCGUCCAGGCUCAAAGAGGUGGUCAAAGUUCAGGGACCGGCCAGUAAACCAGCAAAUCCGGGCUGGAGCUUACCCCUGGCCCUGCAGCAGAAAUGGACCCGCGACAAAGACACCGGCUGCUUGAGUAAAGUCAAAGAGCUUGCGGUGGAAGUGAGGAAGCCGGCUGUUAAAGAGGCGCAAAGCGAGAAUGAACUAAAGUCUGGUCCGAAAGACGCAACCUCGCCAAGUGCUAUUAGCAGCAAAAUGAAGAUAAUCAAAAACAAAAACAAGAAUGGACGUAUUGUUAUUGUCAUGAGCAAGUACAUGGACAGUAACAAGGUUCAUGGAGCAAAGGGUAAACACGGGGAGUCAUCGAGAGAGGACGACCCUCAAAGCACCAAAACAUCGGAGAACAAUCCAGCACACAGAACCAAAAUGGAAGAACUACCAGAGAACUGUCUCCCUAAAGAGAUGUGUAACGCCAGUUCCCUGUCCGCUGCAGAGCACCCCAUCAAAUGCUCUCCGAAGGACAGGCAUUUCUCCAAGCCUUCUCCAAGCACGGCCGAGGAAUACAACACUGAAGUGGCUCGCGGUCAGGCUGAUUUACCAGACGAUUUGCCCCUUCAGCUGACCGCCAGCUCUCCACAGACGUCUUGGACGGCUGACGGCAGCAGCCCGAGCCCGACGGCUGUGGACCAGAUCAGGAUCCCCUCCUUCCACAGCGACCGGAAGCGGAAGCUCUCGAAUCCCGCGGAGGAGAGAAACCUCUCCAAAAUGUACCUGUCGUCGAGGAGCUUCAGCGUCCCCAGCACUGUGCCCGCGCCACCUCAGGACAAGCCCAUGGACCUUCACUGUCGCGGCCCACGGCACAACAGCAUAUGUGCAUACGACUCUUUAGGCAGCCAAGAGGAGCCGAUGGACCUGAGCUGCCCAAAAAAUAAGAGCCAGGACGAAGUUGAGGUACAGCCUGAGGCUGAGCCUGAGCCCGCUGUCAAAGACACGCCUCCUGUGACGGAGGAAACACAGACGUCCACAGAGAACUCGAAAGAACCCCCUUCGAAACAAAUUUCUCCUUUUAUGGGAAAUAUCAUCAUCACUGACAUCACAACGAACAGUCUCACUGUCACCUUCAAGGAAUAUGUUUCUUUCUGAGGAUCCAUCUGUACAAUGGAACUACCAGCUACCGAUGGAUAAUCCUGUUCAUAUGUGCAUAUGUAAAAAAAAAAAAAAGAAAAGAUCAGAAUUUUGUAUAUAUAGAAAUUUAUAAUUUAUCAUUCAAAUUCAAUAUGUUUCUUAUAAUGUUUUAUACUGUAACUCCUCUGUCAUGUUGUAGCCAAGAAAGUGCCCUCGAGGAUUUGAGCGAAUGCAUUCAGGUGGAGAUUUUCCACAAAAAUUUAACAAAAAAAACUGUUAAUUUGUCAUAUGGCGCUUUUUGCUGUCAUUUCAUAUGUUACCAAAACUUAUAACCGGAGAUGUAUGAAGGCUUACACAUAUUCUGUAUUAAUGGUCCUGAGAGAGAGAAAGAUUUUGAGUGUACAGCAUUGAAAGAUCAAACUGAAAGCACUUAAUGCAUUUUCCUAUGUUUGCUGUGUCAUUACUUGUGGAGGGACAACUUGUCUCUUUAAGUCUUAUAUCACAGAUUUUUUUUAAAUGAUAAACACGUGUUUUGUUUGUGUCUUGUUUUAAAAAAGAAAUAUUAACAAUGACUAUUCAGCAGGUACAACUGAAUAGGGUGUAAAAACACCUUCACGUGUCUGCUCUUACUCAGCAAUCUUCCAGCGAGUUUUCAUCUCGUCUCUGAAAUGCUGCAAGCAGCUCAGUGGUUGCCGCCCGUUUUUACUAAUAUAUUUCAUAUUUUAACGUUUAAGAAACGUUUUAUGAGUAAAUUAUGACACAAUCACUGUCCAAGGGUAGUUACUAUUAACAAUAUUAUGUCAUAUGUCAAACGUGACUUCCAGAUAAGAUGUAUUCUUAGUGAAGUUGUGAUUCAUAACCACAAUGUUAACCUCACAUAUUGCAGGGGCUCAUCUCAUUUUCCUGUUGAACCUCAUGGUUGAUCUGAAGAGUACAUGAGAGCAUAUUUGCUUGAGUAAAAGCUACACCAGGGUCAUCAAUGAGUAUGUUAUAGAGAUUAAAUGUGACUUGUGAGACUGACUUUGUAUACCGUUACAAGGAAUCCCGUGAAUGCAAGCCGUUUUGCUUAUGCUGCUGAAACUUCUAGAUCUGUUGGAUGUAACCUACAUUUGAGUCGAAAUGGCCUUCCAAUGCACAUUUGAUGCAAAUCCAGUCAGAAUCCUAAAAUGCUUUAAAAACGAAUAAUAAGAGUGCAUAUUUAUUGUCAUUUAACAUUUUUGAAAGCAAACGAUUCCACUGAACAGUUUCACCUUGAAUCCUUUUGAAUCAGGUUGAUACUUUUUUUUUGUUUCUUUUUUUACACUUUGUUGAAAAGUUGAAAUGAUUGUUACAAAGUAUGUUAUAUCAGGAGUUAGCUCACAAGUUGACUCUGCUUCUUGGAUGGUAUAUUUCACAAUAAAGACAGAGAUUUGACCUGAAA